AUGCUCUUGCAGGUUGCAUCAUUCGCCGUGGAUGUAAGCCAAGACGUCGAUGUUGUUAACUUGACUCGACAAUAUUUAUGUAAUGCAGAAUUUGGUUUCUUCGGUGUCACUGUUCCAACACGAGUACAAACAGCGCGCUUAAACGGAUUGCUGGUAACAGUACCAACAAUUUUUAACGCAUUUCAACCAAUACCUAGCGCAGACGACUUUGAUUUUUUUAUCUUGCUGCUGCGCAGUUUUCUAAUCAACUGUGCAAUGGCUGCCAUUUUUAUCUCACUCUCCUUAUGUUAUUGA